CCCGGUACCGCACCCUGGAAGAGACAGAAGAAGAACAUGUCAUCAUUGUUUUGGUCUGUCUUUUGUGCAGAUUGGAUGGUAGAACACAUGUAAUCUUUUAAGCUUUUAUUGUCCAAAUACUAAGUACAAGAUCUGAGUACUUCUCCACCUCCGCGUGUAACCUGUACGUUUGCAGAGACAUCAGUCACCAUGACAACCAAGCCUCGGCUGAUAACCGAUUCAUUCAAGGUGGUGAAGAAAGCAAAGAGAGGGGCGAGAAAAGCUAAGAGACCCCUUUCACCUCCUCCGACACACCAAGCAGAGGCUGGAGCUGUGACGCUGCAGGAGGAGGAGCUGCGGACCCUCAGACACUUCGACCUGGACUGGAGGUUUGGGCCCUGCACAGGGAUCAGCCGGCUGCACAGAUGGGAGCGAGCAGAGCUUCAUGGUCUGGACCCUCCUGAGGAGAUCAGAGAGCUGCUGCAGACACACACAGACCCCGAGUACAGCCUGAGCUUAUGGAGGGACUAUCCUUUGUGAGGAAGACAUCGUCAGAACGAGAAAAUAAUUCCGAUUAAAACAAAAGCCAAGUUAAUAUAUAUCAACCCAAAUUGUAAAAAUGUGUCUCAGAGGGAUUUACCUUUCGCCCUAAGCCCCUAGAAACCUACAUAGAAGAAAACAAAUUAAAAGGAGGACAUUUAAAGGGAGUAACCUGAGGAAGAGGAGCGGAGGAAAGGUCCAUCUUACAGGAUGGACACAGAAGAUGACACAGCCUCCAGUUUGGGUUUUUUCUUGCAUUUGUUCUUCGUAGUUUUCUACACACCACAUGUAUACUAACAUUUUUUAUUAAAAAAAAAGUAUACCAAA